CCUCCUCCUCCCAGGGCGGAGGGCGGCAGCACCCGCAGCUGGCGCUGCAGCCGGGUGAAGCGGCUGCCGGGGGAGUCUGAUUUCCAGCCCCGUGUAUUAAUAACCCCCACCCGCCCCAUGCUAAGCCCAUGUGCAGCACAGCGCCGGGGGCACCGGGCUCCUGGAGAGCAAGGGACCUGAUGGCAGAGCCAGAGCCCCCUCCAGAACCGCGGCUGGAUGAAGCAGGAGCGGCCCCGGCCCCACAGGGAGAGGCUGCGGGCACUCCUCCACAUCCAGAGGCUCCGCGCAGCCCCUCAGAGCCAGCGCUGGGCGCGGGGGCUGCUCCUGCACACGUGGGCAGCCCGGGCGCCUGCCAGGAGCUGCAGGUGGACGUCAGGGAAGCUGCCUUGAACCUCAGCAUGCCAGGGCCACUGCUGGGUGAGCACGCGGCUGGGGCAGGAGCCCCGCUGGAUGUGGAUGGGGCAGGAAUCCCACUGGAGGUGGAUGGGGCAGGAAUCCCACUGGAUGCAGAAGCGGAUGGAGCAGGGAUCCCGCUGGAUGUGGAUGGAGCAGGGAUUCCAUUAGCUGUGGAAGCAGAUGAAGUAGGGAUCCUGCUGGACAUGGAUGCCAGUGGGACAGGGAUCCCUCUGGAUGUGGAUGGGGCAGGAAUCCCACUGGAUGCGGAAGCAGAUGGAGCAGGGAUCCCCCUGGAUGUGGAUGCAGCAGGAAUCCCAUUAGAUGUGGAAGCAGAUGGAGCAGGGAUCCUGCUGGACAUGGAUGCCAGUGGGACAGGGAUCCCUCUGGAUGUGGAUGGAGCAGGACUCCUGCUGGAUGUGGACACAGACGGGGCAGGGAUCCCACUGUACAUGGACACAGAUGGGGCAGGAAUCCCACCAGAGGUGGACGCAGAGGGGGCAGGGAUCCCGCUGGACAUGGAUGCGGAGGGGGCAGGCACCCCGUUGGACACAGAGGGCAUGGAGUGUCGGUGCCUCACCCUUGAAGAGCUGGGCGACUACUUCCAGGAGUGUAUCGAAGCCGUGGAGCAGCUGGAGAAAGAGCGUGACAGCCUGAUCGAGGAGCUGGCCCAGCUGCGGGAGCCGGCGCUGCAGGAGAUCCGCCAUGCCCACGAGGAGAUCCAGGCUGCCUGCCGGCUGCUGGCCAAGGUGGAGCUGGAGAGAGACAACCUGAAGGAUGAGAUCCGGCAGAUCAAGCAGAAGCUCUUCAAGGUGACGAAGGAGUGUGUGGCCUGCCAGUACCAGCUGGAGAGCCGGCGCCACGACCUCUCCCAGCACGCUGCCUACCGUGGCGAGCUGGAGACCCAGGCCGGGCAGCUCUCUGGCGAGCUGUCCCGCCUGAAGGAGACCUGCGAGAAGGAGAAGGAGGCGCUGAGGCAGAGGCUGGAGGCUCCACCACGUCGGGAGGACAACCAGUACCUGCAGGAGAGCCGCCGGCUCUCCAUGGAGUUCGAGAGCUUUGUGGCGCAGAGCCGCCGGGGGCUGGAGGAGCACUACGAGCCCCAGCUGCUGCGGCUGCUGGAGCGGCGCGAGGCCGGGGCCAAGGCGCUGCAGGCGCUGCAGGGGGAGAUGCAGGGGAUGAAGGAGGCCCUGCGGCCCCUGCAGGGGGAGGUCAGCCGGUUGAGGCUGCAGAACAGGAGCCUGGAGGAGCAGAUCGUCCUCGUCAAGCAGAAGCGUGACGAAGAGGUCGGGCAGUACCGGGAGCAAGUGGAGGAGCUGGAGGACAGGCUGAAGGAGCUGAAGAACGGCGUCCAGCUCCAGCAGCGCAAGAACCAGGAGCUGGAGGAACUGCGGAGCAGCCUGCACCAGGAGCUGUCCAUUUACAAGGGCUGCUUAGAAAUCUACGGACACCUUUGCAAAAAAGAAGAAAAAGCAGACGAAGACUGUUAGAAACAGCACUCAUCCUCUUUACAGCAGAAGCAGAGGACAGAGGCAACUGCAGGGGACGUUUCCUUUCACUGCUUAUCUUGCCUGAUGGACAGUGGCUGCCUGAAGUCAGGAAUGCCGGAGUGCUGCUGAUCUUCUAGUAAAACUGCUUUUCCACAGAGGAGCAGAGAAAAAUUAUACUUGCACUGAAAAAUGGACAUGUAUGACAAAUAACAAUGUAUGUUUUGCUGUGUUUGGAAAAUAUAUCUUGUCUUGUUCCGUAGAUGGAUUGUAAGCCUGCACAGAAGGUGUUUGGGAAGGCACUGUUGGGGGUUGAUUUUUGAAGUUUACAUACAGGUGAAGCUUUAUCCUUUUAACAGGACUCUUUUGUAACUCAAGGGCUGUCUGCUGUAUUGUGACAUGCUCCAACGUGGGCCACAGAAACUGAAGCUUGUGGAUAAAAGGUUUCCACUUUAUAUAAAGUCUCACACUGAAAAGAAAGGUCAGUUUAAGGAGC